AUGGACGCAGCACCGAGCACCAAGCCUGGCGCAGGCCCGGCGCCACGCAAAUACAAAGCCUCCGAUCUACCAUUGCCCUCGGCAACACGUGCGGCCAUCGAGUCUCUCGCCCACGCAUUCAAAAAAGAGGGCGCGUAUGACGAUAUUCGCAGACAAGUAUGGGAGACGUUUAAGACGAGCGACUACGAGGCGCAGAUCACCAAAGCGAUCCUCGAGGUCGCUGGCAAGGAAGUCGAGCGAAAUCCACAGCAGCUGCUCACCCUUGAUCGACGUAAAGCUGCCGCCCUGAUCGACGGUGCGCUCGAGCGCUCUGGCGUCUACCACAAGGCCGAGGAGGCACUCGUCGAGCUGAUCAACGUCGGCGCCAUCGAAGAGCGUAUUCGUGAGAUUCGCCGAACAAAGAUUGGGCCUGAGGCCGCUGAGUUGGAGAGACUUCGAGGCGCCAAGACCGACGAAGAAUACGCGGCCGACACGGCGGCCCGGCAAGCCGAGCGCACCCGCAUCCGAGACGAAUUACGACGAAAGGAAGAGGCGAUUAUUGAAGAGAAGCGCCGCAUAGCGCAGGAGGAGCGCAAGAGAGAGGAGCGGGAACGGGAGCUGGCAGAGAUCAAGCGGCAAGAUGAGCGUGACGAACGCAGACGCAAACGCGAAGCGGAACGCGAAGAGCGAGAACGACUCCGAGACCUCGAACGCGACAAGCGCCAUAGGGAGCGCGAGCGCAGGGAUAAGGAGCGCGAAUCGGAGCAUAAAGACAAGGGCAGAGAUGAUGAUCGCGAGCGAAGCCGUGACCGCGACCGCGAUCGAGAUAGGGAUAGGGAUAGAGACAGAGACAGGGACAGAGACAGGGACAGAGACAGGGACAGAGACAGAGACAGGGACAGAGAUAGGGACAGAUCUCGCCGUCGCGAUACGGAAAUCCGGGCUGUGGAGAAAGAGCCCAAGGAGCUUUCCAAAGAAGAGCUCGAGCGCCUUGAGCAAGAGGCCUUGGAUGAUCUGAUUCGCGAAAGCCGCUCCACGCACAGCCGACCAGAGGUCGAGAUUGACUCAGCACUUGCGCCACCACCUCGCAAAACCGCUCCCGCCUCCGCAAUCGACCCUAUACGACGCGAGUCUGGCCGUGGAUCGGUUAGGGGCGACUCCAGGACACGCCGCGACAGAGGGGAAGGGGACUCGUCCGCGCCGCGUGACGAGCGACGAGUCAGCCGCAGUGCAUCCCGUACGCUCGACCGAGAGACCGACAAGCGACGAGACAGGAGCAAAGAUAGGAGCCGCCGCGAUCGCCGCUCCAACUCGCCCCGGCGAGAGCGCAGCCGCUCGAGAACGCGACGAGACAGAUCCCGCUCACGGCUCAGGCGCGAUGAACGAGACCGCAGCCGGUCGCGUGCGAAGAUUGCGGAUAGAAGCCGCUCACGCCGCCGGGACCGCAGCAGGUCGCGCGCCAGGACGCCACCGCGCCGUCGGGAGAGGAGCCGCUCUCGCGACAGACAGGAUGACCGCAGUGCCCGACGAGACCGCGACCGCAGCAGAAACCGCGACGACAGCCGCGCCAGGCGGGAUCGAGACCGCGACCGCAGCAGAAACCGCAGUCGUUCCCGUGACAGGCCUACAGGAGAGCGUUACGACCACUACGACCCUCGAGCGGCUGCCGCUGCUCGUUCGCCUCCGCGCCGCCGUAGCAGGAGUCGCGAUCGUGACCGGGACAGAGAUCGCGUCGAUCGCGACCGAGACAGGGACCGCGGCCGCGACCGCGACCGCAGGAGCCGUUCCCGGUCGACACACCUGCGCACGGCCUCGGCCACGCGCGAGGAGCUCGAAGCGAUCAAGCUCGAAGAGGUCAAGAAGCGCGAGAAGGAGGCCAAGGCAUAUCUCGCAGCACAAAAGGACGCGAGGGCCAAGGGUCUCCCCAUUCCUGGCGUCGAUGACAGGCGCCGCGACGAGCGCCGAUCGCGCAGUCGCAGCGCGGAGAGGAGCUCUUUCCGCGACCGCGACCGGGAUCGGGAUCGGGACCGGGACCGAGAUCGAGAUCGCGACAGGGACCGGGACAGGGACCGGGACCGUGAUAGGGACAGAGACCGUGAUAGAGAUCGGGAUAGAGACAGGGACUGUCGCGAGAGGGAUAGGGAUAGGGAUAGGGAUCGUCGUGACAGACGAGAGAGAAGCACGUCCCGCCGUCGUGACAGGCGAGAGCGCAGUCGAAGCAGGCGACGAAGCCGCAGCCCAUAA